AUGCAGAGAAAGAACCUCACGGAAGUGACAGAAUUCAUCUUCUUGGGAUUCUCUAGCUUCGGAAAACAUCAAACAACCCUCUUUGUGGUCUUCCUAACCGUCUACAUUUUCACUCUGGCUGGAAACAUCAUCAUUGUGACCAUCACCUGUGUUGACCGUCACCUCCACACUCCCAUGUACUUCUUCCUGAGCACGCUGGCGAGUUCAGAGACGGUAUACACACUGGUCAUUGUCCCACGAAUGCUUUCCAGUCUGGUUUUUUAUAACCAGCCCAUCUCCUUACCAGGUUGUGCGACUCAAAUGUUCUUUUUCGUCACUUUAGCAAUUAAUAAUUGCUUCCUUCUCACAGCAAUGGGCUACGACCGCUUUGUGGCCAUCUGUGCGCCCCUGAGGUACACGGUCAUCAUGUGCAAAAGAAUGUGCGCCAGUUUGGUAUGUGGGUCCUUUGGCACUGGCCUGAUGAUGGCGACUCUUCAGGUGACAGCCAUGUUUAAUUUGCCCUUCUCGCGUCCAAACUCCACUUUUGUGACUGAAUUUGUCUUUGAAGGCUUCUCCAGCUUUGGGUGGAGGCACAGGCUUGUCUUCUUCGUUGUUUUUCUAACCUUGUACCUGCUGACUUUGUCUGGCAACGUGAUUAUCGUGACCAUUAUUCGGCUGGACCGUCACCUCCACACGCCCAUGUACUUCUUCCUGAGCAUGCUGUCUGUCUCUGAGACCUGCUACACGGUGGCCAUCAUUCCCCGUAUGCUUUCUGGCCUCCUGAAUCCUCACCAGACCAUAGACAUCCAAGGCUGUGCCACCCAGCUCUUCUUCUAUCUCACCUUUGGCAUCAACAAUUGCUUCCUCCUCACGGCCAUGGGGUAUGACCGAUACGUGGCCAUCUGCAACCCCCUGAGGUAUUCAGUCAUCAUGGGUAAGAGGGCCUGUGUCCGGUUGUCAUCUGGGUCACUGGGAAUUGGUCUGGGCAUGGCCAUUGUCCAGGUGAUGUCUGUGUUUGGCCUGCCCUUCUGUGAUGGCUUUGUUAUUUCCCACUUCUUCUGUGACGUGAGACCCCUCCUGAAGCUGGCCUGUGCAGAUACCACUCUCAAUGAGAUUGUCAACUUGGCUGUCAGUGUCUGUGUCCUUGUCCUACCCAUGGGCCUGGUCUUCAUCUCCUACGUCCUCAUCAUCUCCACCAUUCUCAAGAUUGCUUCUGCAGAUGGUAGGAAGAAGGCCUUCGCCACCUGUGCCUCCCACCUUACAGUGGUCAUCAUCCACUAUGGCUGUGCCUCCGUCGUCUACCUCAAGCCCAAGUCCCAGAGUUCCCUGGGGCAGGACAGACUCAUCUCAGUGACAUACACCGUCAUCACGCCUCUGCUGAACCCUGUGGUGUACAGCCUGAGGAACAAGGAAGUCAAAGAUGCUUUGCGAAGAGCCUUGGGGAGAAAGCCCCUCUCUCCUUAAUCAGGACAGAUUGUGAAGACUUUUUUUUUGUCUUUUUAGUGUAUAAUGUAUUAAUUUUUAUUCUAUUUCAUAAAUAUCCAUACAUAUGGGAUCAAAAAGAGUGAACUAAGUUGAAGUGGGUGCUAAAAUUGGGGGCUUCCUCUUGGGGUAGUCUUGCUUUUCCACAUCCUGCUUUAUAGGAAUGAGAAAAUGACUUGGCAUAUCUAUAAAAAAUAGAGUAGGAGGAUUUACAUACCCAUGUCACUCAUACCCAGGUGUGCCCAUGCACACUUGCACAUAGCAACACACAUCCUGAGAAUAGUUUCAGUUACUUACACAAUUCCAGUUAGUCCUGCAGGGUCCUAAAAAGCUGAUGAAUAAAAGGUUUGCAAACCA